AUGGCCUUCAGAGAUAAGACUUCUGCUGAUCCUUCUAUUGAAUCAGUAGACCAAAAAACUUAUAGAGGAGUAAUUGGCUCUUUGAUGUACAUUACCGCAAGCCGACCAGAUAUUGUCUUCGCAACAGGCUUAUGUGCAAGAUACCAGGCAGCUUCGAAAGUAUCACAUAUGACCUUAGUUAAGCAAAUUCUCAGAUACUUAAAGGGAAGCAAAGCUCUAGGCCUAUGGUAUCCUGUAGGGAACAAUCUCAGUCUUCAAGCAUUCAUAGAUGCGGAUCAUGUCGGAUGCAGAUUAGACAGAAAAAGCAUUUCCGGUGGAUGUCAACUUCUCGGUGAAAGACUCGUCAGCUAG